CACCAACAUGAGGUACCCCAAGUGUACACCAAAGCCAACACAGAUACACACAGACACUUUGUGUCUGUGUUGCACAGACAUUUUGUGUCUGUGUGUGUCUGUGUACACUUGGGGUACCCCAUGUUGGUGUACCCCUAACAUUGCCCAUAAAAUAAUCACAAACUUCGCAAACUAUUUAUUAUUUAAAUUUUUAUUUUAAAAUUAUUUUAGACUAUUUAAUUUUUUUUUAUUAAAAUUCCAAAAAGGAUUAUUGUCCUUAAACCAAUGGGGUAUUUAUUGAUGAAAAGAAUAGGGGAACAUAUUAUGGGGAUGGCAACGACGUCCAAACCACUCCUCUGCCACUCAAAGCUACUCUGCAUCUCCUUCCUCUACCUCCUCACUGCCCUCUCCUUAGCUUUUUACACUCUUCUCUCCCCCACCGCCUGCCUUUUCCGGCCGUCGCCGUACGAUCCGAUCCAGACAUCUCUCUUCUCCUACAACGCAUCCUACGGCGAGCACAAGCACGCCCUGCCCACCCACCGCCGCCGCCCUUCCUGCGCCUCCCCUGUCCUCUUCUCCGAUUAUUGGGACGCCGUGACGGAAAUCAAGCGGCUUUGCCGGGACUCGCCGGCGGCGUUGGGUUCGGGAACCCUGAAUUACGCUCACUGCGAGAAAGAUAGCUUCGGCGGCAAUUUCUCCGCCGCAAAGCGGUUUUCCUAUUUCGAUCAGGCCGGCGGCGAUGAUCGGAAAGAGAUUCCCUGCGGAUUCUUCAAACGGUUUCCGGUUAGCAAAUCUGAUAAGACGGCAAUGGAGAGAUGCGACGGGGUAGUGGUAGCAUCAGCAGUGUUCAACAACCACGACAAAAUCCGGCAGCCAAUAGGCCUAGGAACACAAACCCCAAACCUCGUCUGUUUCUUCAUGUUCAUCGACAACUCAACCCUCCAAGACCUCAAAGCCUACAACCUACUAAACCCCCAAAGAACCUCCCGCGCCGAAACCCGCCUCGGCGCGUGGAGGAUCGUGGUCCAAGCCGGUUCUCUGUACGAGAACGCGGCCAUGAAUGGGGUGGUACCAAAGUACCUGCCCCACAGGCUGUUCCCAAACGCCAGGUUCAGCGUUUGGGUGGACGCGAAGAUGCAGCUGGCGGUGGACCCGCUGCUGCUGGUCCACUCGCUGGUGGUGGCCAGAGAGGGGGUGGAGGUUGCGGUUUCGAGGCACCCGGUUUUUGUGCACACCAUGGAGGAGGCGGCGGCGACGGCGCGGUGGAGGAAGUGGGGGGACGUUGGGGCUUUGAUGGUGCAGAUGGAGACUUAUUGUGAACAUGGGUUGCAGCCAUGGACAUCCAACAAGCCUUUUCCUUCGGACGUGCCGGACAGCGCGGUUAUAAUAAGGAAGCACACCAAGGCAUCAAACCACUUCUCAUGCCUCAUGUUCAAUGAGCUUGAAGCAUUCAACCCAAGAGACCAACUUGCAUUUGCUUAUGUAAGAGACUUGAUGAACCCUAAGCCAAGAAUCAACAUGUUUGAUGCUGAGGUUCUUGAGCAGGUGGCUGUUGAGUACAGGCACAACCUUAAACAUGGUGGUGGCGCAUCAUCAGCACCACAACAAGUGGGUCCCACUGUCAAGAUGUCCAUUGGUGGGGCCAGCUUCACCAAGUGUGAUAGGUACUUUUUGAAGAUGUGGGGUGAAUCCAAUGAUUGAUUUUUGUCUUACCAUUUCCUCAAUCUUCUUUUGGAAAAUUGGGACCAAGGUUUGAAUUAAGCUUUUUUUUUUUUAUCAAAUGUAAAGAAGAAUCAACAUAUAUAAGUACUCUACUUGUGAGCAAAAGCAAAGGAAUGAAUACAUGUUUGGCUA